UGUGCUGAAGCUACAGGGGGGUUGACCUGCUGUAGCGCUGAGUGCUAGCGGCCCCGGACCUGGGGGUCGCCAUUGACCACUUUACCUCGGGCCGUCGCAGGCCGUCGUCUAAAGCGUCAUUGGCAUUGCUCACCCAGUCACCGGGGCGGGUCCCGAUCGAUCGCCGUCCCCCGUCUUCCGUCUCCCGUCUCCCGUCUCCCAUCCGUUCCUUCGUCCCUCCACAGUCUGUCGCCGAGAUCAGAUCAACUAGGUUCUCUAUCCGUCUCCGACAGAACCUCCAGCUCUUCCGCCCACCGAGUCGCCCUCCGGACGCCGUUCCAUCCACAUACCCAAAUCCAUACACAAUGCUGUCGGCCGGUGCCCGGGCGUUCUCGGCCCUGACUCGUCCCCGGUUCACUACCGCCUCCACUACCCUCAGAUCCCCCGCUGCGCUCCGCAGGUUACUGUCCGCCCUCGCCGUCCUCGAGCAAAGAGACGGCAAGCUCAACCAGGGAUCCCUCAGCGCCGUCACCGCGGCUGCGAAGCUCGGUGGUCCCAUCCAUGCUUUCAUCGCCGGUAGCAAUGUGAAGGCCGUUGCCGAGGAGGCGGCCAAGGUCGAGGGUGUCGAGAAGAUCAUUGCCGUUGAGAACGGCGCCUACGACAAGGGCCUCCCCGAGAACUACGCUCCUCUCUUGGUUGAGAACAUCAAGAAGGGCGGUUACACCCACAUCCUCGCCAGCGCGACCGCUUUCGGCAAGAACCUGAUGCCCCGCGUCGCCGCUCUCCUCGACAGCCAGCAGAUCUCCGAUAUCACCGCCGUCGAGUCCGAGAACACCUUUGUGCGCCCCAUCUACGCCGGUAACGCCAUUGCGACCGUCGAGUCCACCGAUCCUAUCAAGAUCAUCACCGUCCGCGGUACCGCUUUCGCCCCUGCCGCUGUUGGCUCCGGCUCCGCUACUGUUGAGGAUGGUGUUGACCCCAAGGUUGAGAGCACCACCGAGUGGGUUUCUGAGGACCUUGCCAAGUCGGACCGCCCCGACCUUUCGACCGCUGAGAAGGUUGUCUCUGGUGGCCGCGGUCUCAAGUCCAAGGAGGAGUUCGACAAGAUCAUGCUCCCCCUUGCUGAUUCUCUCGGCGCUGCCGUCGGUGCUUCCCGUGCGGCUGUCGACAGCGGUUAUGCCGACAACAGCUUGCAGGUCGGCCAGACCGGCAAGGUGGUUGCUCCUCAGCUCUACCUCGCUGUUGGUAUCUCUGGUGCCAUCCAGCACUUGGCGGGUAUGAAGGACAGCAAGGUCAUUGCUGCCAUCAACAAGGACCCCGAGGCGCCCAUCUUCCAGGUGGCGGAUGUUGGCUUGGUCGGUGAUUUGUUCGAGAAGGUGCCUGAGCUUACCGAGAAGCUCAAGAGCGCAUAAUCAAUAUCUGUGAUAUGUAUGUUGGAUGAAAUAUAAACGAGAAGAAUAUGUACAAACCUUUUGGCUAAAUAGUAUACAA